AUGGCUCCCCAGGCCUUGAAACCAGGAGGCCAAGGCGGGGACUUCGGCGAGGGCGCUCAGAGAGAGCUGGGGACCCCACGGCGCGGAUCAGACAGGACCGGAUCCACUUGCCCUUUCCCGCGCAGGAGCCUCGCGCUCCUGCUGGCGGCGCACCCAGGGGUCCAGGCCGAGAUGCACGUGUCCGUGCCACCUCUGGUGGAGGUGAUGCGAGGAGAGCAGGUCACCCUGAACUGCACCCCCUCGAGCAAGCCUGACCACUUCGUGCUGGAAUGGUUCCUGAUCGAGCGUUCUGGGGCCCGCCGCCGGGACUACGUGUGCGUGGUGACCGCGGGGGCUGCGGGCACCGCCGAGGCCACCUCGAGGCUCCGGGUGUUUGAGCAACCGGAGGCCACCGAGGUACUCCCCAACAGAGGGACGCUGUCCGUGAUGGACAAUGCCCCGCAGGUCGCCACCUGCAGCAGCCGGAACGGGAACCCGGCCCCGCAGAUCAGCUGGUACCGGAACGGGCGGCUCCUGGAGCUGCCCACGGAGAUGAACGAAGAUGGAUAUAUGACCCUCCGCACAGUCCGGGAGGCCUCGGGCCUGCUGUCCCUCUCCAGCACCCUCUACCUGCGCGUCCGCAAGGCCGACCGCAGCGCCAGCUUCCACUGCGUCGCUCAGUACAGGCUGCCCGGGGACCGUCACGGCCGCCUGGACAGCCCUGCCUUCAACCUCACCUUGCACUAUCCCACGGAACACGUGCACCUCUGGGUGGGCAGCCCGUCCACCACGGAGGGCUGGGUGCGCGAGGGCGACUCUGUGCAGCUGCUCUGCCAGGGGGACGGCAGCCCCAAUCCUGAGUACACGUUUUUCCGCCUUCAGGACAGGCAGGAGGAAGUGUUGAGCACAAACCUGGAAGGGAAGCUGACCCUGGAGGGUGUGAACCGGAGCCAGAGCGGGACGUACGGCUGCCGGGUGGAGGACUUCGAUGCUGCCGAGGACGUGGUGCUCACUCGGACGCUGGGGGUGAACGUGUCCUACCUGGACCCCCUGGAGCUCAGUGUGGGAAAGGAGCUCUCCGUGUUUCUGAACAGCAGCCGCGUGGCUGUGACCUGCUCUGCCAGGGCCCAGCCUGCGCCCUCCCUGCGCUGGACCAAGGACUCCGUCCCUCUGGAGGACGGGCCCACGCUGUCACUCGGCUCCUUCACCUUCGAUUCUGCUGGCACCUACGUGUGUGAGGCCUCCGUGCCCAGCGUCCCCCUCCUCAGCCGCACCCAGAGCUUUAGGCUGCUGGUCCAAGGGUCACCAGAGUUAAGGGCGAAGGAGCUGGAGCCCAGGGCCGAGGGCAGCUGGACGGAGGGAGAGGACGUGGAGCUCACCUGCGCUGCCCGUGGCUAUCCGGAGCCCGAGCUCACCUGGAGCCAGCCGGGGGGCAGUACCGCCCAGGCCGGCGUAGCCGUCAUGGCCGUGGCCGUCAGUGUAGGCCUCCUGCUGCUCGUGGUUGCCGCCUUCUACUGCAUGAGGCGCAAGGGACGCCCAGGCUGCUGCCACCGCAGAGAAAAGGGGACCCCGCCACCUGGGGAGCCGGAGCUGAGCCACUCGGGGUCCGAGCGACCGGAGCAGACAGACCUUCUCAUGGGAGGGUCCGGGGCCAGAGCCCAGGGCGGCAGCGGGGCCUUCAGAGAUGAGUGCUGAGCCCGAGACCUUUUGGAGCUCCAGGCACCAACCCUGAGCUGCGGGCACCUGAGAACCAGCCCUGUGCCCCCCCCUUCUCCAGCCCAAGCUGGGCCACGUCCCUCCCUUCCUUCCUCUGCCUGCUGGGCAGGGACCCACCGCCAGGCCUGGCCUCCGGGAGGGGGGAGGGAGGGUGGGUGGUGGGGAGGCGGCCCUUCCUUCAGGGAGUCACUCUCCCAGGCCCCAGAAUAGCUGCUGGACCCGAGCCCAGGGCCGGCCUGGGACAGGCCGGAGGGUCGCUGGCUGUGGCUAUUUUUACCUCCUCCCCCGCGCGGGUCCCCCCACCUGAGUCCCGCUAUACAGUCUGACACUGGAUCCCGCCACCCUGGCCCCUGGCCCUUGUCUGUGGACACUGGAGUCUGGAAUAAACGCUGUCUGUCACAUCAACACCAUCCAGGGGCCAGAGCUC